UGACCCACCAAAAAUUGAUUUGUUUUAUAAAUUAAGGUUUGUUAGGCAACUACUCGUAAAAGAGCAAACUCACCCGCAGGCUACCUUUGCUUCUCUUAGAACAUUUCACAAACACAUUGAUUGAUAUCCAAGUCUACCGCCUUCUCCAUCAUGACUAGACAGCAACAGCGAUACCGUGGUGUCCGUCAAAGACAUUGGGGCUCUUGGGUGUCCGAAAUCCGCCAUCCUCUACUGAAGACUAGAAUAUGGCUAGGCACAUUCGAAACAGCUGAGGACGCGGCGAGGGCAUACGACGAGGCAGCUAGACUAAUGUGCGGACCAAAAGCACGCACAAAUUUUCCAUGCAACCCCAAUGAGCCACAAUCGUCUUCUUCAAAGCUUCUCUCAGCAGCCCUUGCUGCAAAGCUACAUAAAUGUCAUAUGGCAUCUCUUCAAGCGACCAAGAAAACAGCCAAUAAACAAACACAUGAACCACAAUAUAACCCAUUUCCCAGUAGCAAUGACAUUGCCGGAAAAAGUGUAGAACCCUGCUCUACUUGGCUGGAGGAGAAAUGGGUUGGUGAGGAAAGUGAAGUUGGGAAUAGCCAACAGCAAGAUAAGGAACUUGAAGAUCGUCAUAUAGAGCAAAUGAUAGAAGAGUUGCUUGAUUAUGGGUCCAUGGAAUUCUGUUCUGUUGCUUCAACAUAGAUUAGAGCAUUCUUAAUUAGAAAGAUUUAAAAUGUAGCACCAACUUAAUGAUAUGUCAAGAACUUAUGAUUACUUCUCUUCAAUUGUGUUUAUGUUCUUGGUUAAUAAAUCUACACUAAAAUUAUAUUCUAAAUGUGAAGUUAGCAUGCUGAAUUCUAAAUAAUGUAGAAGGAUGUGAGUGUAAUAUCAUAUUUUAGGGUUUAGGCGAUGGUUCUUUGCAGCAGUUAUAAAAAAAUUAUUAUUAUAAUAUUAUUAAACAACCGUUUAAUUAAAAUUAUUAUAAAGAAAAUUUAU